GCAGACUCGUCGCGGUGAUUGCAGCGCUCUGCGUUUCCGCGUUAGCAGUGGGGGGAACCAGCCGAGGGGAGGGAACGGAACACAGCGAGAUUGGCCAAAUCUAACUGGAUUACGCUGCCCGUGUCGCGAUUAAAAUGAAAAAGAAGUGACAUUCGAUCCGGCGGCCGUGUUUAGGAAAUGAGCGUGGGAUUAUGACAGAGACGGGAUGACAACACUGGCUGACAUGUGAGACAUCAGGACGAAUACAACAACAGUGCGCUUGUGUGGCAGUCUUCGCCACCUUCUGUUUAUGCUCGCUCUGUUGAUGCUGAUUUUGUAUUCGUUUCGCAUUUGCUGGAGGCAAUAUGAAGAAGUUUAAUAUCAGGAAGGUGUUGACUGCGGUGUCCUCUUCCUCCUCCGCCGCUGCCGCGUCCCCUCAGUCGGGAAACAGGGAGAAUGACAUGAUUCAGGAGACCCUGCAGUCAGAGCAUUUCCAGCUCUGCAAGACAGUGCGACAUGGCUUUCCCUAUCAACCCUCUUCCAUGGCUUUUGAUCCUGUGCAGAAAAUUCUGGCUAUUGGCACACAAAGUGGAGCCCUGAGACUAUUCGGCCGAGCAGGAGUGGAGUGUUACUGCCAGCAUGAGAGCGGAUCGGCUGUCAUCCAGCUGGAGUUUCUUGUCAAUGAAGGUGCGCUGGUUAGUGCUUUGGCAGAUGACAGUAUUCAUUUGUGGAAUCUGAGGCAAAAACUUCCAGCCAUCCUUCAUUCUCUUAAAUUCAGUCGGGAGAGGAUCACGUUUUGCCAUUUGCCAUUUCAGAGUAAAUGGCUGUACGUGGGCACGGAAAGAGGGAACAUUCACAUCGUCAAUGUGGAGUCCUUCACCCUCUCAGGCUAUGUGAUCAUGUGGAACAAAGCCAUUGAACUUUCCUCAAAGACUCACCCUGGACCUGUAGUUCAUAUCAGCGAUAACCCUAUGGAUGAAGGGAAACUUUUAAUUGGUUUUGAGUGUGGCAUAGUUGUGCUGUGGGACUUGAAAUCGAAGAAGGCUGACUAUCGGUACAGCUAUGAUGAGGCGAUCCACUCUGUGGCUUGGCAUCAUGAGGGGAAACAGUUUGUGUGCAGUCACUCAGAUGGCACGCUUACCACAUGGAAUGUACGCGCUCCUGCCAAGCCUGCCCAGAUCAUUACGCCGCAUGGUAAACAGCCCAAGGAUGGAAAGAAGCCAGAGCCGUGCAAACCCAUCUUGAAAGUGGAAUACAAAACUACCAGGGCAGGGGACCCAUUCAUGAUACUGUGUGGAGGUUUGUCAUAUGAUACAGUGGGUAGGAGAGCCUGUCUGACUGUGAUGCAUGGGAAAAGCACUGCAGUGCUGGAGAUGGACUACCCCAUAGUGGAUUUCCUUACGCUGUGUGAAACCCCAUAUCCAAACGAUUUCCAGGAGCCUUAUGCGGUUGUUGUCCUGCUGGAGAAGGAUUUGGUUGUCAUUGACCUUGCACAAAUUGGGUAUCCGAUCUUUGAGAAUCCAUAUCCUCUGUCCAUCCACGAGUCUCCGGUGACCUGCUGCGAAUAUUUUGCGGACUGUCCAGCUGAAGUCAUUCCUGCACUUUACUCAGUGGGCUCCAGACAGAAGAGACAAGGGUUCAGUAAAAAGGAAUGGCCCAUAAGUGGAGGUAACUGGGGCCAGGGAACACUAAGUUUCUCAGAAAUUAUCAUCACUGGGCAUGCUGAUGGAUCAAUCAAGUUUUGGGAUGCCUCAGCAUUAAUGCUGCAGGUUUUGUAUAAGCUGAAAACAGCGAAGGUGUUUGAGAAGCCCCGCGGUAAAGAGGACAAAUCCAGUACUGAAAUUGUGGAUGAAGAUCCGUUCGCUAUCCAGAUCCUGUCCUGGUGUCCGGAGAGCCGUGUGCUCUGUGUGGCUGGAGUUUCGGCUCAUGUCAUAGUCUACAGGUUCAGCAAACAGGAAGUCACCACUGAAGUGAUUCAGCUCCUGGAGGUGCGUAUGCAGUGUGAGCUGAAUGAAGUGGAGUCUCCCGAGGGCGGAGGUGAGCAGGCAUCGGCUGUUUCCACCCCAGGAACCUCAUCCAGCCCUCAGACCAGCCUGCCUCAGUCCCACCCCUCCACCAGCAGCAACAACUCAUCUGACGGCCUACGAGAUAAUGUGCCCUGUCUCAAGGUCAGGAGUUCUCCUCUCAAACAGUCUCCGGGUUACCAGGUGGAGCUGCUCAUUCAGCUGGUGUGGGUCAGCGGGGAGCCGCCACAACAGAUCACCAGCCUGGCCGUCAACUCUGCAUAUGGCCUAGUUGCUUUUGGCAAUGGUAAUGGACUUGCAGUGGUUGAUUACAUUCAGAAAACUCUCCUUCUGAACGUGAGCACAGCCGAGCUGUACGGCUCCACAGAUCCUCACCACAGACAACCACGCUCGCCCCGCAAAACCAGACAGCCCUCAGCAGACACUCUGCAUAAGAAGUCUUGCAUGUCCGGCCUCUCUAACUUUUAUUCUGAAUCUGUGAAAAAGCUUCGUUCUUCUUACCUCAGCCUUUGUGAUGGUAAUGAUGCAUCAGCCGCACCCGAGGAGAGAUGCAAAUCACCAACAUCAGGCUCCGGUUCACCGUGCAAUUCUGAUGAAGACAGCAAACAAAAGUUCUUUGACAAGGUGAAGUCCAAAAGCAAGCGGUUAUCCAAGACUGUUGCCAGUGACUUUGCUAAGAUAUCCCGGAAAAUUAACAUGAUUGCUGAUCAGAAAGAUGAUGCCAGGGACAAUUCAUUCAGCCGCUCACGCAGCUCCAGUGUGACCAGCAUUGACAGAGAGUCACGUGAGAUCAUUUCCUCCUUCUACUUUUGUGACUCCCUGUCCAAGAAGAGUGAGACUGUGGCAGUGCCCAGCCUGUGGGUGGGCACCUCAUUGGGCAGCAUGCUGGCCAUCGCCCUCACUGUGCCCUCCACAGCAGAGCAGAGGAUGCAGCAGCCUGUGGGCGUCUCUUUCUGUGGUCAAAUAGUGCGCUUGAAGGGAGCCAUUUUGCGCAUGGCCCAGCUGGAAGCCAGCGGGACUCUUAUGCCCCACGUUUACGAGUCCUGGUAUGAGCCCAACGCCCCUGAGGAGGAGAAAGAACGGCCACGGAGACGCCGGCCUACCUCCCCUCCUUCUUCUCAGGAGAACGCGGACUGUCAGUAUGCUGUGGUCUGCUCAGAGAAACAGGCUAAGGUGGUGGCGAUGCCUUCUCAAAACUGCAUCUAUGAACACAACAUCACAGAGACCUCCUUCGUACUUAGAGCCGACGUUGUGACGAUGACCACGGGGCUCGGCAUCGCUUGUUUCUGUGCCAAUGGGCAUAUCAUGACCCUGAGUUUGCCAAGCUUGCGGCCACUGCUGGAUGUGAACUACCUUCCCCUGACGGACAUGAGGAUAGCCAGAACCUUCUGUUUCUCAAACCAAGGCCAAGCCCUGUACCUCACAUCGCCCACUGAGAUCCAAAGAAUCACUUAUAGCCAGGAAACCUGUGAUAACCUGCAGGAGAUGCUUGGAGAGCUGUUUACUCCAGUGGAGACACCAGAGGCUCCAAACCGAGGCUUCUUCAAGGGCUUAUUCGGAGGCGGGGCCCAGUCCUUGGACAGAGAGGACCUGUUCGGAGAGGUGUCUGCUGGUAAGGCUUCACGCAGUCUGGCGCAGCACAUCCCGGGUCCAGGUGGUAUGGAGGGCAUGAAGGGUGCCGCAUCCGGUGUGGUGGGAGAGUUGGCACGGGCGAGGAUAGCUCUGGAUGAGAGAGGACAGAAACUAGGCGAGCUGGAGGAGAGGACAGCAGCCAUGAUGGCCAGCGCAGACUCCUUCUCUAAACAUGCGCAUGAUAUAAUGCUGAAAUACAAGGACAAGAAAUGGUACCAGCUCUGAGGUCCCUGCAGGGAGUCAGCGGACCUUCCUGUGAAGACAGCAGAUCCAUCAUCUCUCCUCCGUUUCUUCCUUCUCUUCCUGUAUCUUUCUCUCUCUGUGAUGUCCAGAGACUGCCACUCGCGCUCAGCACAACGUCACGCGGCAUUACCUCGAGCUGAGGAGCUGCGGAAAGACAGAGGAGACAGGAGGGGAAGGAACGGGACAGGCGAAACGCAUCAGGACGGGGUUUCCUUCCCUUCGCGGUGGCAGUUGAGUUUCCUCUCCUGAAAACAAAGCCGUGGAUCUUGUCUUGGGAGAGGAGGCCCAUCACCGGUGCUGCCCCCCUGUCUUGUACCUUCAUCCGCCACGCUGUCAUUUUCACUGCCAUUCUAUCUGCAAAGAAACUACGGAAAGGAAAAGAAAUGGGUCAGAGGGACAAAGAGCUGACAGAAGAAGGUCUAACGUCUGCAGCGUUGCCAAGCUUAAUGCUUCUGAUAAUCUUUCACUAGAGCAAGAGUAGCUCGCAUGUGUAGUGAUUUAAUUUAGGAAAUUAGUGCUUUUUCUUGUUUUUGGAAUCGGGGUGAAUCUCAUCCAAGUAAUAUUUCACCCCAAAAUCAAUAUUUUGCAUAAGGAAAGCCUAUUUUCAGAACACAGGCGUGCUCAUUAAGCAAAAUAUUACAUUUGUUUUGAUUUUAGGUUGAAGCAUGACUCGAUUCAAUGAGAUUCACCCAGUAAUCAUGUUAGCUGUGGAAAAGGCCGGAUUGUCUUACACAAGGUGUGAUGAAGUACCAUUUAAUUUCACCUCUAAAGGGCUGGAAGUUGCUGUAUUUACCACAUAUCAUGUGAUUAUUUUGCCAUAUGAAAUUGCAGACGGGCCUAGGCAGCAGCGCAGCUGAUCUGAUCAUGCACCAUUUUGUUGUACUUUCGUCUAAAGGACGUAUUGGUUUACACUGAUCAGGUCUCAAAAGAGCUUUUAGGCAAGAGCUCUGACUUUGAUGUACACUAUACUGCGUGUUGACACUGGAUAAAGGUGUUCGUUUUAAAGAUAUAUAUAUAUAUAAAAAGAUGUAAGGAACACAUAGGUAAAUUUCACAAAAGCAUGUCUGGUUCAUAUUUCACACCUGAAUUAAAAAAAAUAGCAUAUAAACCAUUGCAUUUUUUUUUUUUGCAUUAUGCUUAGUAAACAAUAUUGUAAUACAAUGUUUUUUAAUUUAAAUCUGCAAAAACUAAAGACAGUACAGAUGCAACCAUAAUAUAUAAAUAGUUAAUUUUGAUAAAUAUAGAUUUUUUUGCAUUACAGAAUAAAAAUGUGCCUAAUUAUCACAGUGCAAAAAAUAAGUUUACAUUUCUGUAAACAAACUAAUUUCUCAGAUUUUUGGGGAGUGAAAUAUGACCCAGACGUGUUGUUAACAAGGUUUCACCUGGGUGAAUAACUGCUGAAUAUUUGCUGGUUAUAUACAAACGGAGAUCUGGAGCGUGUAAAUUAUUUUUGCUCUGCAGGAGCAGGUUAUUUUUAUCGGGAAGGAGCGCAAGUGAGAAUUGGGAAGUGUGAGGCAUGAUCUUGAUUAUGUGCCUUGUGAUGAUUGACACGUCAGAAACCCGUCCGCUCUCCGGAUACGAGGGACACCGGUGGAUUGUGCCGAGAGUACUGAUUCUUCAUAUGCAAAACAGGUUCCUCCUCCUUAUUUCCCAUGAUGCAACUGCUCCUGGACGAGGAGAUCUCGAGGCUUAUGUGAGACUCAGUACCGGGUGACUUCCUCAUCUGAAGUACAUGACGAAUGGAUUUCUCUGUGUGUAUUUUCUAAGAAGCCUUUUGGGAUGGACUAAUGCAUGAGUUUGUCAUCCUCACAGAGGGGUGAAUAUAUCUAUCUCUGUGUUUGUUGCUGCAGUGGAGGUGACCACUAAAUGUUCAAUGCAACUCCAUACUCUCGAUCAGCAGCCCGCGGAUGUGUCGUCCGCAGGGCGUUACCUUCUGCCUUUGCUUUGCGACCCAUGAAUAUAUGCUAACCUCGACUCGUGUGCGUAUACGUGUGUUCGUGAACAUACAUGUAUGCAACAAUAUGUGUAUGCUCACGUUUAUAUAAACUAAAGAUACAAUAUAUUUGAAAGCAGAUGUUGAGAUGUUUUCUUUAAGUGUGUUUUCUUAUUUAUGAGGUGCAAGAAAUUGCUGCUAUUUGUGUUUAGAAGCAUCUGUCAAACCUGUUGACACUUGUUAUUUUCCUAUCAGGCAUACGAACGAGUUAGUUCACCCAAAAAUUAAGAUUUGCUUAAAACAUUCUCAACCUCAUACCAUCCAAGAUAUGAAUGCAUUUGUUUGACUGAACAGAUUUGAGAAAUAUUGCAUCGCUUGCUCACCAACGGAUCCUCUGCAGUGAAUGGGUGCCGUCAGAACGAGAGUCCAAACAGCUGAUAAAAACAUCACAAUAAUCCACACCAUUCCAUCAGUUAACAUCUUGAGAAGACAAAAGAAACAAAUCCAUUACAUAUUUUUGGCUACAAUACGAGUCCAUAAUCCAUAAUAACUUCCUCCAGUGAAAAAUUGGUCUGGUCUAAAUCAGGAGAGAAAUUUGCAUACAUAAAGCACUGUUUACAAGCCAAAACAGCUCAAAUAUGUGGCUGGAUUUUGAUGUGAGAAACUGGAGGAAGUGUUAUUAGGGAUUAUCAAUUCAUAUUUUAGCCAGAAGCAACGGUUUGAACUUAAAAACUUCUUAAUGAUGGAUUUGCUUGAUACAAACAUGCUGCUUUUGGCUUCUUAAGAUGUUAACUAAUAGACUGAAGUGGUAUGCAUUACUUGUGGAUUAUUGUGAUGUUUUUAUCAGCUGUUUGGGCUCUCAUUCUAACGGCACCCAUUCCGAGUCCAUAAUCUAUAAUACCUCUCCACUUACACAAAAAUCCACUAACACAUUUGUUUAGAGCUGUUUUGACUUUUAAAUAGUGUUUGAUGUGUGCAUAUUUCCCUCCUGAUUCAGACAAGGAGAAAACAAUAUAAUGGACAUAGGACGGUAAAAAUAGUAAAAUGAGGUUAAAAACGUCUUAAAUAUGUGUUUUUUUUCUUACAAACAUGCAGGUUUUUGCUUCACAGGUUGUUAAUUGAUGGACUAGUGGUGUGGACUGCUUGUGGAUUAUUGUGAUGUUUUCAUCACUGUUUGGACUCUCAUUCUGACGGCACCCAUUUAUAUCCAUUGGUGAGCAAGUGAUGUAAUGCUACAUUUCUCCAAAUCUGAUGUAGAAACAAACUCAUCUACAUCUAGAAUGGCCUGAGGGUGAAUACAUUUAAGCAAUUUUUCCAUUUUUGGGUGAACUAUUCCGUGAAGGCUUUUCUGUUUGUUUUUUUGUUCGUCACAUUGCUGCCAAAUGUUGUAAAUAUCUUUCUGAAGACAAACUUGAGAGUGCUGACGUAGUCAAAGUUACUGAGGAUGGUGGCCAUGAUCUGACUAGACUCCAAAGAGUUGCUUUGCUGUGAAAGUUGGUCUCACUGAGAGGAUGUUCCUUAUAAUUUAAAACUAAGUGUCAUGCCAUCUCCACAUAUAUAUAGAUAUAGAUAUAGAUAGAUACUCCUUCUGUUGCCAUGGUGUUUGUGUAAAUAUCUACCAAAAUUGCAAUUUUCAAUGUUGACCAACUGAAAAUCUAAUCUAGCUUCUCUGCUUCAUAUAUUUUUCUUUUCUAUGAGCAGUUGUGUGGUUUUGCACUAUAUAUGUGUUUUAUAUUAAUGACAUCUUAUUAAUAUUUUUGUAGUUGGCAUUGUUCUUUCUUUUGGACAUUUUGUUUCUUUACGAAGGACCAAAAUUAGAUGCUAUGUGGCUCACACUCUCAGAUUUGUCCUCAUUGCCAGUUUAAUAAUAUUCUAAUAUAUUUAUACAUUUGAAAUAUAUAUAAAUAUAGAAAUAUAUAUAAUUUACUUUUAAUUUACAAAUGAAUACUUUUAUUCUAUUGUUUGAAAUGAAAGAGCGUUUUAAGAUAUAAACUGGUUAUGUAUAUAUUCUCAUUGAAUCAAACGUGAAACAUUUUCUGGCGAGCCAUCUGCUUGGUUCUCUGUCAAAGAGGGAAAGACGACCCGAAGAGUCUCUGAAAUCACUUGGCCAUCUCUGUGUACUGUUCGUCCUCUGAUUUCUCUUGCACAAAAGGCAGCAUGAUAUCGUGUUUACAAACUUGAAACAUCCAUCUACAUUAUAUUUUGCCUUUUUUCUUUAGACCUGCUAGUGAGAUGUUUGUAAAGGAACAAAUCACAAGUAUUUACUCUCUAUUGUUGUUGAUUAUAAAGGCGAGAUUUUUUUUUUUUCUGAUAGUAUACUCACAGCAUUGUUAUUUGAGUUUCCCUGAGCAUCAUUGCUGUACUCCAGAAAAAAAUACUGUCCUGAAAAGGGUCAGUUUUGGGGAUGGUUCUCCGUGGGGUUGCAGGUUUUCUCAUCAUAGCCGACUUAUUGUACAGUUUUAUUAUUCAGACUUUCACAUGAAUGUUUGUCUUAAUCUGCUGCCACCCAACAGUUUAGGAAACAUGUUUAUAGACAUAACUGUGCAAUGGAAAAUAAAUGUACCAGAAAGAUUUA